GAGAGUGUGUGUGUGUGUGUGUGCAAUUGAUCUAGAAUUGAUUUUUGUGUUUUGUUUAUGUUGUUGAUAAUUUGCUUACUUGACAAUUCUUUUUUAUCUGAAUUGUAUCGGUCUUCCACAUCAGUUUAGAUUGUGCCCUUCAAUUAUUGGGAAUCGUGUGUUUUCGGUUGUUGAUAACGUUGGUGCACAUUGGAAAUGGAAAUGCAAUAACGAUAACUCACUUGAAAUAGAAUUGAUACAUUAUUCUGCAUACUUUCGAAUGUGGUGUGCUAAAACAGAUAUCUGUGUCUGAAAUUCCAUUGAAUGUGCAGACUAUCGAUUCAGUUUGGCUUCGCACGCAUAUAAAUUCAAACGUUUUGGCGUUCAGUUGCUAUCGUCGUCGUCGUCGUCGUUAUCGUCCCGCACAACAACCGCAACCCGAGAAAUUUUUCAACAUCGUCAAUAUCGUUACAUCAUGACAACCACACCGGGACAACCUAUACGACUCAGUGAUAUCGAUGUGCUCGCUCGACCGAAUUGCAAAAUUAAAGAUUCGGAACGUGUCGAACGUAUCAUCAACGAUAUUAUUUGCGGCGGCAAUCGUGAGCUACAGGUGGUCACCGAUUUUGACUUCACACUCACCAAACAGAAAACCGACGAUGGCAAACCGGUGCUAUCUAGCUUUGGAAUGUUUAAUAAGUGUAAAUCGCUGCCAAGUUCAUUCUUGGUUGAGUCGAAAAAACUCUACGAAAAAUACCGACCCAUCGAAAUUUGCCCGACAAUCACGCACGAUGAGAAACGAAAGCAUAUGAUUGACUGGUGGGAGAUGUCUGGUGAUCUCUUGAAAGGAUUCGCUUUUGAUCCAAAAGAAAUUGAAGAGUUGGCCAAACAAUACAGUCACGCACUGAGAGAUGGCGUACACGACCUCUUCAAACUUACGCAUGAAAUGGAUGUUCCUGUGCUGGUAUUUUCAGCCGGGCUAGGAGAUUCAAUAAAAGCCGUUCUUCAACACGAACAAAUAAUGCUGGCCAAUGUUAAGCUGGUAUCAAAUUUUCUAAAAUACCAAAACGGAAUGGUCAAUGGUUUCUCAGAAGAAUAUCCACUGAUUCAUACCUUCAAUAAGAACGAAACCGUUCUCGAAGGCACCGAGUAUUAUGACAUGGUUCAUAAUCGGCAACAUGUGAUUCUAAUGGGUGAUUCGCUGGCUGAUGCCGACAUGGCCGAAGGUGUUCCAAAAACGUCGAGCAUUCUGAAAAUCGGAUUUUUAUUUGAUCACCCGGAGAAAAACCUGCCGAAAUACAUGGAUCGAUUUGAUAUCGUCCUAAUGGAUGAUCAAACGAUGGAUAUUCCACGUGAAAUUCUAUCAUUGGUGAAGCAACAAAACCCGUGAUUUAAAUUUUUUUUAAAUACAACAGCGACGAUAGCUACCGAAAUAAUGAGAAUAUUUUUUAAUUUGUGAGUGGCUGCUCAUUCACGCUCAAACUGAAGAAAUAUAUUUUUUUAAUUUAUUUUUUGAACAAUAAAAGACUCGUUUUUUGC